GCCUGGCAGUGCUUGUUGAUACAGUGUGUGAGUGAGCGAGGGAUACAGAUUGGUGUUAAAUAGCCAAAUAUAAGUUUCACCCUGCACUGAGUGGUGUACAGGCGUUUAGAAGCGAGCCAUGGAUACCACUACCUCCCUGAAGAUGACCUCCCUGGCUGUCCAGACUCUGUUCAGCUACGUGGAGGAGGAGAACCUGGCUGCCAUCAAAGCACAUUUGGACAAGUUCAGAGAUGUGGACAGUAGGAGCGAUAAUGGACAGACUCCCCUGAUGGUGGCAGCUGAGCAGGGCAAUCUGGAGAUAGUACAAGAGCUCAUUAGGAGAGGAGCCAACGUGAACUUGGAUGAUGUGGACUGCUGGACGGCGUUGAUCUCGGCGGCUAAAGAGGGCCACAUUGAGGUGGUGAGGGAACUGUUGGAGAACAAUGCCAACCUGGAACAUCGAGACAUGGGGGGUUGGACUGCUCUCAUGUGGGCAGCCUAUAAAGGUAGUACAGAUGUGGCCCAUCUGCUGUUGGAAAAAGGAGCUAACCCGAACAUCACUGGUCAGUACAGCGUCUACCCUAUAAUCUGGGCGGCCGGUCGCGGCCACGCCGAGAUCGUCCAUCUCCUGCUGCAGCACGGAGCCAAGGUCAACUGCUCAGACAAGUAUGGCACCACUCCUUUAAUUUGGGCCGCCAGGAAGGGCCACUAUGACAGUGUGAUGCACCUUCUGGCAAAUGGAGCUGAUGUGGACCAGGAAGGAGCCAAUUCAAUGACAGCUCUGAUUGUGGCCGUGAAAGGCGGCUACACAGAAGUUGUGAAGGAGCUGCUGAAGAGGAACCCAAAUGUCAACAUGACGGACAAGGACGGCAACACAGCCCUGGCCAUUGCUGCCAAGGAGGGACACACUGAGAUCGUACAGGACCUGCUGGACGCUGGCACCUACGUCAAUAUCCCAGACAGGAGUGGGGAGACGAUGCUGAUCGGAGCAGUACGAGGAGGUCAUGUGGAGAUAGUCCGAGCUCUGCUGAACAAAUACGCUGAUAUUGACGUCAGGGGCCAGGAUGGAAAAACUGCCCUCUACUGGGCAGUGGAGAAAGGCAAUGCGACCAUGGUGAGAGACAUCCUGCAGUGUAACCCUGACACAGAGAGCUGCACAAAGGAGGGAGAGACCCCACUUAUCAAAGCCACAAAGAUGCGGAACAUAGAAAUUGUGGAGCUGCUGCUGGAUAAAGGAGGCAAAGUGUCUGCAGUCGACAAGAAAGCAGACACGCCGCUCCACAUUGCCAUCCGAGGUCGGAGCCGGAAAUUGGCCGAGCUGCUUUUGAGGAACCCUAAAGACGGCCGCCUGCUUUACCGCCCCAACAAAGCUGGAGAGACCCCGUACAACAUCGACUGCACCCACCAGAAAAGCAUCCUCACUCAGAUAUUUGGAGCCAAGCACCUCUCUCCAUCAGAGUCAGACGGAGACAUGUUGGGUUAUGACCUGUAUAGCAGCGCUCUAGCAGACAUCCUGAGCGAGCCCACCAUGCAGCCACCGAUCUGUGUUGGAUUGUAUGCUCAGUGGGGCAGCGGCAAGUCUUUCCUUCUUAAGAAACUGGAGGACGAGAUGAAGACAUUUGCUGGCCAGCAGAUAGAGCCAUUGUUCCAGUUUUCGUGGCUGGUGGUCUUCCUCACCCUCCUACUCUGUGGCUCGGUAGCUGUGGUCCUGGGCUUCACUGUUGAUCCGAAGCUGGCGAUCGCUGUCUCCCUCAGCCUCCUCGCACUGCUCUACAUCUUCUUUGCGCUGGUGUACUUUGGAAGUCGCCGUGAGAGGGAAAGUUGGAACUGGGCGUGGGUCAUCAGCACCCGUCUCGCUCGCCAGGUUGGCUACCUGGAGCUGCUACUCAAACUAAUGUUUGUCAACCCGCCUGAGCUUCCUGAGCAGACGACCCGUGCCUUGCCUGUCAGAUUCUUGUUCACGGAUUAUAAUCGCUUAUCCAGCGUUGGAGGAGAGACGUCCAUGGCUGAGAUGAUUGCCACGCUCUCAGAUGCCUGUGAGAGGGAGUUUGGCUUCAUGGCCACAAGACUCUUCAGGGUUUUCAAGAACGAUGAGAUCCAAGGAAAAAAGUGGAAGAAAACUUGUUGCGUUCCCUCCUUCGUGCUGUUUGCCUUGGCACUAGGCUGCCUGAUCACCGGUAUGGCCCUGCUGGUCAUCUUUAAGGUGGACCCUGGGAACUUGACAGUAAAUUCAGUGCUGAUAGCUAUGGCCAGCGUUGUGGGUCUGGCUUUACUGCUCAACUGCAGGACCUGGUGGCAAGUGGCAGAUUCCGUCCUGAACUCCCAGAGGAAGCGCCUGCACAGUGCUGCCAACAACCUGCACAGACUCAAGAGUGAAGGAUUUAUGAAGGUUCUGAAGAACGAGGUGGAACUAAUGUCAAAAAUGGCCAAGACCAUUGAUGGUUUCACCCAGAACCAGACGCGAAUGGCCGUCAUCAUCGAUGGCCUGGAUGCCUGUGAACAGGACAAAGUGCUGCAAAUGUUGGACACGGUGAGGGUACUAUUCUCCAAAGGCCCCUUUAUCUCCAUCUUUGCCAGCGAUCCCCAUAUCAUCAUAAAAGCCAUCAACCAAAACCUCAACAGUGUGCUGAGAGACUCCAACAUCAACGGCCACGACUACAUGAGGAACAUCGUCCACCUUCCAGUGUUCCUAAACAGCAGGGGCCUCAGCACCUCUAAAAAGCUUUGCAUGGCAGCCCCCAGCAAUGGAGAGACAUUGCCUGCUGAAGGAUGGCAUGACGACUUGGACAGGAAGAUGUCACAGACCACCUUGGGCCAAGACCAGGCCAAGUUUGGCAGCAAGAAUGCCCUUAAUCGCAGGGACACAUACAGACGUCGCCAAAUGCAGAGAACCAUCACCAGACAGAUGUCAUUUGACCUCACCAAGCUGCUGGUGACUGAAGACUGGUUCAGUGACAUUAGCCCACAGACGAUGAGGAGGCUGCUCAACAUUGUUUCUAUCACAGGUCGUCUGUUGCGAGCCAAUCAGAUCAUUUUCAACUGGGAUCGGCUGGCGUCAUGGAUCAACCUGACAGAGGAGUGGCCUUACAGGACGUCAUGGAUCAUUCUGUUCCUGGAGGAGACUGACGGAGUGUCUGACCAGGUCGCUCUCAAGACCAUUUAUGAGAGAGCGAUAGAUGAGCACUUGACUGGCCUCUUAGAACCUCAGGCCCCUUCUUCUAACUGUCUGUCUGUUUGA